GUCGCCGAGGAGGCUGGGCAGGCUUGACCAGGCUACCGAGGCCCUCAAGCCUUCCACGUGCUGAGGACUCUGUGGAGGCCAUGGGCUACCAGGCACAGGGGCCCGUCAUCCCGCCGCAGAGCAAUCUAGAUGACAGAGAAACCCUCGUUUCUGAACAGAAGCACAGAGGGAAAACUUAUCACCAGUUCACGGCUGUUUUUAAUGUUGUCAACUCGAUUAUAGGAUCUGGUAUAAUAGGGUUGCCUUAUUCAAUGAAGCAAGCUGGCUUUCCUCUGGGAAUACUACUUUUAUUCGGGGUUUCAUAUGUUACAGACUUUUCCCUUAUUUUACUGAUAAAAGGAGGGGCCCUCUCUGGAACCGACACUUACCAAUCUUUGGUCAAUAAAACCUUCGGCUUUCCAGGAUAUAUCCUCCUCUCUGUUCUUCAGUUUUUUUAUCCUUUCAUUGCUAUGAUAAGUUACAACAUAAUAACUGGAGAUACUUUGAGCAAAGUCUUCCAAAGAAUUCCAGGAGUUGACCCUGAAAACUUGCUUAUUGGUCGCCACUUCAUUAUUGUGCUUUCCACGGCUGCCUUUGCUCUGCCUUUGUCCUUGUAUCGAGAUAUAGCGAAGCUUGGAAAGAUCUCUUUUCUUUCUACAGUUUUAACAACGCUGAUUCUUGGAAUUGUAAUGGCAAGGGUAGUCUCAUUGGGUCCAUAUAUACCCAAAACAGAAGAUGCUUGGGUAUUUGCAAAACCCAGUGCCAUUCAGGCUCUUGGCGUGAUGUCAUUCGCAUUCAUUUGCCACCAUAACUGCUUCUUAGUUUAUGGUUCUUUGGAAGACCCCACAGUUGCUAAGUGGUCCCGCAUCAUCCACAUGUCCACUUUGGCUUCUGUACUCAUCAGUACUCUCUUUGCUACCUGUGGAUACUUGACCUUUACUGGCUUCACCCAAGGAGACUUAUUUGAAAACUAUUGCAGAAAUGAUGAUUUGGUAACAUUCGGAAGGUUCUGUUAUGCAGUCACCGUCAUUUUAACGUACCCUAUUGAAUGCUUUGUGACUAGAGAGGUAAUUACCAAUGUGUUUUUUGGUGGGAAUCUUUCAUUGGUCUUCCACAUUAUUGUAACAGUGGUUAUCAUUACUGUAGCCAUGCUUAUAUCAUUGCUGAUUGAUUGUCUUGGAAAAGUUUUAGAACUCAAUGGUGUGCUCUGUGCCGCUCCACUAAUUUUUAUCCUUCCAUCAGCAUGCUAUCUGAAACUGUCUGAAGAACCAAGGACACACUCAGAUAAGAUUAUGUCCUGUGUCAUGCUUCCUGUCGGUGUUAUGGUGAUGGUUACUGGACUCCUCAUGGCCGUCACAAAUCCUCAAGACUGCACCCAUGGGCAGGAAAUGUUCUACUGCUUUCCUGACAAUCUCUCCCUCACAAACAUCUCAGUUUCUCAUCUUCAAGUGACAACACAACUUUCAGUUUUAAACAGCAGUAUCUUUCAAUGAGUUGACUGCUUUCAAAAGUAUAUAUGUUUUCAACUUCUAAACCUCAUCACAUUCACACAUUUUAGUCUGUAUAUUAUAAAAUUAUUAUUUCGGCAUUUAUCAAGACUUGGUUUUCUUUAUUCUU